AUGCCGGUCAAGUCACGAUGGACCGCCGAGGUUCCUCGGUGCUCACUGCAACAAUGGAUCUUUGACUCGCCUUGCGGUCCUCUCCCAGACCGUCGUGCAUAUAUCGACCCCGAGCAACCCGAUACCAACUACCUCAGCCUCAGCGACUAUCGAUUCCUGUCCAAGCGCGUCGCCUUGGGCUUACAGAAAGCCGGUUUGAAGGAAGGCGACAGAGUGCUCGUCUUCUCUGGCAACAACAUCUUCUUCCCUUCCAUCUUCCUUGGCAUCUUGAUGGCUGGAGGCAUCUUCACAGGUGCUAAUCCCAGUUUUGUGGCCAGAGAGCUGGCCUAUCAACUUCGCGACAGUGAAGCGACCUUCCUCGUCACGGCACAGGGCUCUGUCAAGACGGCUUUUGAGGCAGCUAAGGAGGCAGGUCUACCAAGGGAUCGUAUUUACGUUCUCGGCGGAGAUACUCCCGCAGCACAGGAAGUAGCGCUGUCUUCCAAUCCCGGACCAGGCCUGAAGGGUCGGAUCGAGGGAGCCAAGCACUGGACAGAACUCCUUCAGGGGAACGCGAAAGAAGCCGAGAGCUGGAGUUGGAAAGAGCCAAAGGAUCCGCAGACCACGACAUGCUGUCUCAACUACAGCAGCGGAACCACUGGAGUUCCCAAGGGCGUUGAGAUCAGCCAUUACUGCUAUGUCGCAAACGGAGUUCAGGUUAUUCACCUCAACGAGCUCGAUCCUGACUGGCAGGAACGGCAAAAGCGAGCUCGUGCCCUCUGCUUCCUGCCCCUGUACCACGCUUAUGGCCAGACAUACUUCGUCGCGAACAUGCCUCGGGCCGGCAUCCCCAUCUACAUCAUGCCGAGCUUCGAUUUCGUCAAGAUGCUUGAGUAUGUUCAGCGCUAUCGGAUUACCUCACUCACGUGCGUGCCACCCAUUGUGGUCGCAUUGGCCAAAUCCCCUCUAACCAAGAAGUACGAUCUCUCAAGCGUCGAGGGAAUGGGUUCCGGAGCUGCCCCGUUGGCAAAGGAGGUUUCUGAUGAGGCGGAGAAGCUGUUCAAUGGAAAGUUUCUCCUUCGCCAGGGCUGGGGCAUGACCGAAACGACAUGUACUUGCAUGUCAUGGGAUCCUCUCAACAAGGAGCCCAGCUCAGGCGUGGGUGAGAUGAUGCCCAACUGCUCCGGAAAGCUGAUGUCGCUGGACGGAAAGACCGAGAUCACGAAGGCAGGAGAAAGAGGUGAAUUUUGGGUUACGGGCCCGAAUUUGAUGCGCGGUUAUUGGCGAAAGCCGGAAGCGACAGCCGAUACCAUUGUCGUCGACGCAGAUGGCACUCGCUGGCUCAAGACGGGCGACAUUGCCUAUUUCGACGCGUACAAGCCCGGUGGAACUAUUCACAUCGUCGACCGGCUCAAGGAGUUGAUCAAGGUAAAGGGCAACCAGGUGGCGCCUGCUGAGCUUGAAGGACUGUUGCUCGAGCACCCCGAGGUGGCCGAUGCAGCGGUGAUUGGCGUGACAAUCAACGGCGAAGAAGUUCCUCGAGCAUACAUUGUCCGUCAGAAUCCCCAGUCAAGGAUUACUGAACAGGAGAUUGCCAACUGGAUGGCCGGCAAGGUGACCCGGUACAAGCAGCUGAAGGGCGGCGUUGUUUUUACCGACAACAUUCCGAAGAAUCCGUCCGGCAAGAUUUUGCGCAGGCAACUUCGGGAUCGCGCGGAUAAGGAGGUUGGCGAUAUCAAAUCGAAACUCUAG